UGUGCGUGAUGAUGAUGAUGAUGAUGCGCGUGACGCCACGAGCAGAGGCAGAUCAGCGGAGCAGACAAGGACCCGGGCUGAGGCAGCAGCAGCAGCAUCCGCACCAGCAGCGCCGCCACAAAGGGAGCUCAGUGCUGCUCGAGGCUCGACUCUCCGCUCCUCCUCUCCAGGCUUUCAGAUGCUCCGGCUCGGCGGCAACAUGCGCGGCUUCUCGGCCCUGCUCUCCGUGCUCCUCGCCGGGCUCGCGGCGGCGUCCUCGGAUCUGUUUGACAACCAACUGGGCGACAUCAAUUACUGCAAAAAGCAAUGCCAGCUCACCAUCAAAAACAAAAGCCCUGCUAAAGACUCCAUAAUGAACGCCUGUCACCGCGGCUGUCGCCUCUACUCCAUCUGCCAGUUCGUCAAUGGCAACGCCGGCUUCAAUACCAGCAGGGAGGAGUGUCAGGGAGCCUGCCAGGAGGCAUAUAUUAAGCUGCUGGAGCAGGAAGCCUGCUGCACCGGCUGUGCCAGCCAACCCUCUGAACCUGAGAUCAAGAGGAGGAAGCUCAGGGCCAUGACUCUCCGCCCUAAGGUCCCCUCUGUGAUGGAGGCCGUGUCCAGCUGGUGCAACGACAUCGUCAGCUCUGCCCAGAGCUUCAUCUCCUCCACCUGGACCUUCUACCUGCAGGCUGAUGAUGGCAAAGUGGUGGUUUUUCAGAGCCAGCCAGAGAUGGAGUACUCUCUGCCCGAGCUGCAGGCUCCUCGAUCUAGCGUGGCGGAUAAACCCUGGCCUCAGGUCCAUUCCCACACCCAGAGACCCCAUGGUGUGAGGGGACAUGGUGAGAGGGGAGCAUCCAAAGCAGGAGGCAAAGGGAAGCACCCUGUCCAGCACACAGACGACCCCACCGCUGAGCACGACUUCCUCGGCUGCAUGUCAAGACGUUCAGGCCUUCCACGGUGGAUUUUGGCGGCCUGUCUCUUCCUGUCCAUCAUGGUCAUGCUGUGGCUCAGCUGUGCCAGCCUCGUCACCGCACCAGAGCAGCACAUCAAGACGCAGCUGAGCAUCAACGGAGAUAAAGAGUUUCUGGAUAAUGCCCACAAAGUCAACCCGUACCACCUGAGUCCUGUCAUCGCCGUCGCCAUGAAACAAUCAGAGGAGAGCCAGGAGGCGGGGCCGCUGCCUGUGAAAGUUGACCUCAACAAAACCUGCAUUUAGGAAAGGACCAACAAGAGAGCUGCUGACUUGUUUCCCAGGGUAACCAUGUCUGAAAUCCGCGGCCCGUUGGUGCAAGGGGUGAAACAAACACAUCACGGGACUCACCAGAAUUUUUAAAAAAACAUAUUUUUAAGAGCAUGGCACCCUCCCGUCAUUUAAAAUUAUGAAACAUCUAGCUUGGUCUUGUUGGUCUGCUGGCAUUUCAUUUCUUUGUACAGGCCAGAUUUCUUCAAGUCCAUCCUCAGAGUAUCCUUAAUGAUCAGCUUGCUCAUUGCUUAUUGAUAACUCAGUGCUCUGGAGACAAGCAGACGGGAUGGAUCACAGCUGCGAGCUACCAUAUCAUUUUUCAUGUCUAACGUAGACAGGAGGAGACAAACGCUGAUUCUAGAUUUAAUUUUGCCUCGUUCUCACAGAGAGGUUGGAUUAAUUGAUGGGUUGCUGAGAGCAAAAAAAAGGGGGUGUGAGAUAGGAGAGGAAGAUGGAAGAUGAAAGUAGCUGAAUACUUUGCGCUGCAGGAAUAAUUCAAAAUUUAUAAUCAUGUUUACCCCCUUCAUAGCGUAAAAUAAUUCUCACCAAGUUCAGAGAAACAAGCAUAAAUACUCCAAAAUCUAAAAUAAUAAUAAUGCCCACUGUCACCUUAUUCCUGUGUGUUUGU